AUGGCUCAACAAAAAUUUAUUCUCGACUGGCUAGCAAUAUGCGGUACCAAGCAGCAAUUCGCAGAUGCAGCGUGCAUCUUGAGCUUGCUUGGAAAGUCACAGCUUCCAGCUGACCGAAACUCAAGUGAAUAUGGCAAGGAAACACCAAUAGCUCAUUCAGACCAUAAUAGCGAGGAUGAUUCGAGUACGACAGAUUCGGACCUCAUGGACGAAAGCCAAGACCAUCGAGAAGAAGCGACUAGUCGUGGCGGGAAGGUAACAGAACACACUUCCAAUUUACUGCGAAACGAAUUCUUGACGCGGUUGGCCGAAACGCUUGCACGAUACAAAGGAGGCUUACAAUCCAAAGAAACCUCACAAUCCGGGCCAAAGCAUGUAUCUGAAGCAUAUAUGGAAGAACAACCACAAGACGAACCUAAAGCAGUUGAAAUAUUUGUGACUAAAAAUGAAGGCAUCAACGAGGAGGAUACUAAAUAUCUCUAUGACUUGAAACUACAGUUGGAAGCUCUCUCGAGAAAUAACACAGAUGCCGAGGAAAUGGAAGACCUUCUCCUUGAUCGGAGUUUGAGAUAUAUACGGCCUCGUCUCGAAAAAUACGUAGCUUUGCUUAUAGGCAGUUUCGAAACAAAAGUUCCAGCCGGAACCCCGGCUAAACAUGGCCGUCAGGACAUUUUUCAGAGUUUGUCGGAACAACAAUCUGACCCAAACGCCAUAUGGGAAUAUGAACCUUGGAACGACUACAAACCACAACCAGCAAAAGUUAUCCAUGCUGGCAAUUCAUCUAAGCCAAACAGUGCGCAUGCGGAGAGCGGGAAAACCUGCACCGAUAUACAGAAAGAUUCAAACACACUAUUCGAGCAGGUGCUUUAG